CGUGAGAAUGACACUGUCUACCGCCUACUUAUGCCCAUGACGGCCCCCCGUGGGCACUCCUUCCACCUGGAGCUGGGCAAUGAGGACGAUAUGCUGGCGAGGAACUCCUCUAUCCGUGUCGAGCUGGAGUGCACGUGCGCGAGGGAGCAGGCCUUUGAGGACAUGCUGUGCUUCCUCCACCAUUCUGAGGAUGAGCUGAAAAAUCAGGAGCCGAGCCUCCUAGACACCCUCUGCACCGACUCCUACCUAGAUGCGGAGAAGACUGCAAGGUGGUUCCAGAACUUCGUGAAAACAGCCUGGGUGGUUAUGCCUCAGUCGCACAUUUACAAUGUAAAAGUGCUACCUUCCAGCCGCUCCUGCAAGUUCCAGAUGACAAAUGCUACCAAGAGAAACCUCACCAUUGAGAUAAUAUUUGGGGUUCAGCAAGGCAAUUCAGACAUCUUCCUGAGCAGCCAGAGGACGGAGGCCAUCUUUACCCGCAGCACAACAUGGCCACAGAGCUGUGCUGUUGCAGAGAGGAAGUUCUUCCAGCACAUAAACGCCGAAGCCUGGUUCUACAGCUUACACCUCAAGUGCAUGCAGAUCUGCGCCCGUAUGCUGGUGGGCACAAGCAUUUCCACUUAUGUCAUCAAGACUGUUGUCAUGCACCUCCUGACCACCAUCUCCUUGGAAAUGUGGCACAGGGAGGAUUUUCUGCUGCGGCUGGAUGAUAUCAUUCGGUACCUGCACUGCUGCCUGGAAGAGAAACGCCUCAACCACUUCUUCUUUGGCAACGAGAUGGUGCCCGAUGUGAUUGUCCUGCCACCAGCCUUCCAAUUUUCUGGCCCAGUCAACCUUUUCGAGCACCUGGAGCAGGACACGCAUGCCUACACCCACGCGCUGGAAGAGUUCCAGGAGCUGCGCAAUCGGCUCACAAGACUGAUGAUCUAUGGACGCUGAAAGAGGCCUUCGUGCACAGACAGGGCACUCUGCUGACAGCGGGUGACCAACUCUUACCACUCUGGGGGGAGCCAGACCUCAUGCAGCUCAAGAGACUGCUUCAUGGACGUUUGACGCAGAGACUGCUGAUACCAACUGGGCAGGCACUGCCCGUCCCCUUGGAGGGUCCGUUCCAUUGGGAGCUUUGGCCUCGGC